GCUGCUAUCGUUCUUCAACCGCGACAUGGCCGCCACCGAUGGCCAAAUCAUAUUGGCCGCCUCCCGAUUCGGCGAUGCCACGCCCGUUUACCUGCGCGACUUUUCCAAGCAGCCGCUGCCGGCGGUGGCCAAGAUCCUCAAGGGCCAACACCAGGCGCUGGGUGUGCCCACCCUGUCGGCCCCAUCCCUGCAGAGCACCGCCCUGUUCCUGAGCGCCGGCAAGAAGUACCAGAUCCUGGCCCAGCCCAUCAAGAUCAAGGAGGGUCGCAAGCCCACCAAUGUGGGAGCCAAGGUGCUCAUCCCGGAGACCUACGGCGGCUACUUCGAGCUCCUCAGCGAGGAUGGUCGCUCCACGCGAUGCAUUGACUCCGUGCUGGAGCUUUCACGACGGCGGAACGCCCGCGUCCUGGUGCGGGAGACCUUUCGAUGCCAGCAGAUGAACCGGACCAUUCACGCCGGCGAACUGCUGACCACCAUGAACGACAACGGGAAGUACCUGCAGUGCAGGAACAUCAAGGACGAGAUCAUCAAUCUGCCACUCGAUACCAAAGCCAAGUUCUCGCCGAUCGCCAGGGAGGACAGCAUCAGCGGUGUCCACACCGUCAAGAAUCUGCUGCUCAAGCGGAUGCCAGUCAUCGUGAGACUCGUUCACGGCAGUGCGCCCAAGGGUCUGAAACAGCCAUUUGUGCCCGAACUGCGACUGCUGGGUUGCGUGGAGAUCGACAGGAUAUUCGCGUUGCCACUGCAGAAGGACACGGAUCUGGUGCCGGUGCCGCUGAACGCCAAGAUCAAGCUGCAGCGAGCCAAGAACAUGGAGCAGCUGGAGCACUUCAUUGAGUACUCACGAUUCCUGGACAAGGCGCAGCGAUUGCUGGCCGAUGCACGCGAUCGCCUGCAGAUCGUCGAUCUCAAGCUGAGCGAGAAGGAGAAGAAGGACUCCAAGUUCAAUAGUCGCAAUGGGGGCAGGUUGCCGGUGGUCAUGCUGCCAUCUGCAGCGGGAAUGGCCAGUGGACUGGCGGAAAGUGGGUAUGUGCUGCGCAAGAGUGCCAGUUGUGAUUCGUGGUCGAAGCAACAGCAGCAGGCACUGAGCAGCAGCGAGAUUGCGGAGGAGUACAACGAGAUCGAUCAUAUAUAUGAUUAUGUGAGGGGCCUGACGCCGCUCUCGAAGGGAUUGGCCCGCUUCGAGCCCAUCUGCGAGUCACCCACUCUGCGGUCCCAUCACACGGACAGCGGCAGUGGCAACUACUGCAGCUUGAUCAGGGCUCCGGUUCACCAGCAGGCCACCACCUCCGGCAACAACAACUACAGCAGCUUGGAGUCGAACAAGCACAGCAGUAGCGGUGGUGGCCAUCAUCCCGGUAGCCACCAUCACCACCACCAUCACGUGGUUAAUCACUACCAUCAUGGCCAUAUUCAGGAGGACAUCAAGCCGGUGCCGCCGCCCAUCGAAACGAUUCCGGGCAAGAAGCCGGCGGAGAAGCGCCAGCGUCCCACUCUACCAAAGCUUUACAUCAAGAAUGCCCACAGUGCUGGGAGCAGCAGCAAUGGCAACUCCACGGGCACCACCCACAGCACCAGUCACAGUCACAGCCAUAGUCACAGUCACGUCCACAGUCACAGUCACGGGCAGUCACAGUCGCAGCAGCAGCCGCCGACUCCCAAUGGGAAUACGGCCAAUGCGGUGGCCAAUGCGGCUGCCUCAGCGGUCGCAGCUGCUCAUCACGGUUCCCACGGAUCGCACGGAUCGCAUCCGCAUCCCCAUCCGCAUGCCAGUGUGCACCCACAUCCGCAUCCUCAUCACGGCAAGGUGCUGACACCCAACAAUCAUCUGCCGAGCAAGGAGGCCCUCGAGCCGCAGUCGCCUCUGUUUCACAUCAGGUACAAGAGUCUCAGCAGUCUGCAGCUGACGCCGGACAACAAUAAUUGCUCCACCGUGACGCCGCCGACGAUCUCAGCCCACGGCAAGUCAUCAGGAGCAGGCGGUGGAUCGGGAUCGGGAGCAACUGCGUCGGGCACACCGGCCACGCCGGGCACUCCGCCGGAUGUGGUGCUCAAGUGCGGCAGCAUACUGAACGUGCAUGGUUACCUGUCCAGUCCGCAUCCUCUGCCACUGCCGCUGCCACACAGCCGGAGCUCCAGCAGCAAUAACCAUCACAAUCCGAGGGAGGGUACGCUGGACUCAUCCCGCAGCGGAGGCCGGACAUCGGGCGACUCGAACAAGCUGCCCGAGAAGAAGACACGCCGCCUGUCCCGGCCGAGAAGUCUGUCCAACCUGGUCUGGGAUCUGCGGCCCUCGAAGGAGAAGUCGAAGAAGAAGCUCUACAUCCAUCACUUCGAUCAGCGGCAGCAGGCGACGCUUUAUCUGUAGGAUGAUUGCAUGGAUGUAUCUCCAGGAUGACGAUGACGAUGAGGAAGUAGCAGCACGAUGAUGAUGAUGAUGAUGAUUCGUUGCCAACUCGUUUCUAGCUGCCAUCGACCCCCACAAUACAGAAACAAAAACAGUAACAGAAACAGAAACAGAAAAACACUGAGAAAUAAAACACAAUAAAAGAAGAGCAACUCCAACUUUUGGCACGCUGUGUGUGUUCCUGCAGCUUUCACCAUUUAGCCUGCAGCAGCAAUUUUAAUUAAUAUUGAAUUGUGCCUUUCCCUGCUACGCCCAGAAUUAUGCUUUAAAACCAGAUUCCAAUGGAGUAUUUGAUGAGAAUAUUUCGACCGGAUGGAACCACGACAAAUUGAAGGCUGCCAGCACACACACACUACUCACACCACAAAGGAACCACAAACACAUACACAAAACCAACAUAUACACAACACACACACACGCAUACACACAUCAAGUCUAUAAAAUUGUGAUUUUAAUUUUAUGUUUAAUUUAAUAAUUAUUGCGAACCAUCUUCAAAUUGGAAAAACGAAGAGCCAUUAACGCUGCUCAGAAAAAUUCACAAAACGAACUUCAGAAACCACAAAAAACUUAUUUGUGUCUUCAAGCGAGAUACUUAUGCAUUAAAUGAGUACUGUAUUUAAACAGGAUAGCAAAAGGCAAAUGUAACUAAUAGUAAGUCAAUAUUAUCGAACAACCAUAAUCAAUCAUUUAGAGAAUGUUAUGCAACACUUACAGCUAGCUAAAAUGAAUUUAUUAAUUAAUGAAUUUCCUCCUCAUAAUUUAAAUGUUGUGCAAACUGUUGAUUGAAUGCAAUUAAACCAUAAUCGAACAGGUCUUGUUUAGUAAUUAGUUUGCUCAGAGCCAGAUACUUCCCACAAUGACCCCCUUGAAAUCCCCCGGAAUAUUGAUUUCCCCAUGAUCUGCUCGCAAUCGCAUUGUCUUAGUCGUUUAGUCUGUACAUUUUAGUUGUAUUACCCAGCUUAUAUGGCCUACACAUAGGGAGUAUAUAUAUAUACAUACAUAUGUAAAACUAUAAUAUAACUUGUAUUUGUGUCUAAAUAAAUGUCUCAGAAAAAUAAAUGUAUAUGCAAAACAAACACGAA